AAUCUACAGGCUAUAAGCGGUAACUAACUCUCUCUAAAACAAAACAAGCAGCGCUACUCUGUGCACCGCCCAUCGCAUACUCCCAAAUUUUCAUUUGGCGGUUAAUUCCGUUCCCUGUUUCAUCCCUUUUUAACUUCAUUUUCUUUCUCUCUACUCUCUCACUCACAUUCUUCUCAUCCCAACUAAUUCACAUCACUUCCCUGAUCCUGAUCCUGAUCCUGAUCCUAUCAUAUAUGUAUACUAGUUCUGAUAACUACCAACUCUGUUAACUCUUCUACUUUCAUUACUUUUCGUCCGCGCCAAUCAUAUUAUGGAUUCAACUUCAAUUUCAACAUUCCCUCAACAACAAGAGAUGCAGGAUCAUCAUCCUCACGAAGACUCUUCCACUGUUUCCGAUUGCGAGAGCAGUGUUUCCGGCACCACCAGAGAGCUACAACAACAAAAACAAAAUUCCGGUUCGUUUUUAGUUAGGCUUGGAGAAGGCGAUGUUGUUCAUGACCUAAUCAAGACCAGAUUCCUUCGCGGACUCGGUUUACUUUCGAAGCAAACGGAGAUUCUAGCAAUUCACAGAAACGCAUGUUCCGACGUCGUUUCUCAAGCGCGCCUUCAAUCCUUUCACCUUUACGCAGGAGCUGUUUCCAAACUUCGCGGUGGAAAUUCAAAUGUGAAAUAUGCUUGGUAUGGAACUUCCUGUGAGAAUGACGUAAGAGACAUUCUUUCAAACGGUUUUAGUCAUGUCCACGGUCAUAGCCUGUGCCUCUCUCCAGAUGAUUCUCCUCUCCAAAGUGUGAAAAGUUGUGUUGUUGGAAGAGAUGGCGUGAGGCAUUUGAUUUUGUGUAGGGUGAUUUUAGGAAGAACGGAGAUUGUGAAACCUGACACAAAACAAUGUUAUCCGAGCUGUGAGAAUUAUGAUUCUGGUGUGGAUAGUUUUUCAGCUCCAACUAAGUACAUGAUUUGGAGUAGUAGAAUGAAUACUCAUGUUUGGCCUGCUUAUGUUAUAAGCUUCAGGGUUCCUUCAUUCAAAGGGAUUGAGAAGAGUGAAGAAGAGCAUGUGAGACCAACUUCACCUUGGAUGCCGUUUCAAAAUUUAAUUUCUGUGCUAUCCAAGGAUUUGCCAUCGCUUGAUAUUGCUUUGAUUUCCAAGUUCCACAAAGCUAAAAAGGAAAAGAAGAUUUCGAGACAUGAAUUGAUACAAAAAGUGAGGCAAAUUGCUGGAGACAAGUUGCUGAUUUCGGCCAUCAAGUCUUACAGAGCAAAGAAAAAAUCUGCAAAUUUUCAGCAAACAAGGUCAAAGAAUGACGACUAGACAGCUUGCAAAACAGAUGUACUGAUUUCCUUCACGAGUUUUGUUUUUGAGAUACACAAAGCUCUAAACUUAAUAUGCGGAGUGGAGCACUUUGAGGAGAUAUAACUUUAGAAACAUUGGGGAAUACAUAGCAACAGGAAUUUGCUUUUAUUUUUCUCUUGUUUGCUAGUUGGAAUGAUGUCCUCAACAUAUAAGGAGAGGAUUUCAUGGACAUAUUGACAUGCUCCAAUAUUCUAAUGUUGAGAUGUAAAUAUAAAUUUUGUUUUGUUUUUUUUUACUAGGAAUGAUUUCUUUUAGUAGUAAAUAUACCUCGAUCGAUA